CUAAGUACCAGCGGCUAUACCCCAUCCUACCACCCUCCCUCUGGCAUAGAAGGCCCCAUACACAACACCAGCCUGCUUCAUCUCUCACAACUUCACCAUGUCCGGUCACGGCAUUCCCUUCCCAGGCGAUGAUCUCAAUGCAGACAUGUCGAUUGAGAUUCCCAAAAGAUCCAGCGGCUCUACGGGGAGCAGCGAUGAGAACCGCAAAGAGCAGCAGACUACACGGUCGGUACACCACCAUCCUCGUCAGCCAGGGCCGGCCUCGGAUGGUUACUUUUCUGGCUCCAUUUCCGCUCUCCAUGGCUCCCAAGGCGGUUCAGCAGCCCCAAGGACACCGGGCAGCACCCAUAGAGGCGGUGGAGGUCAUAGCAGGAAUACAAGCACCGCAACUGCCAUGACGCCUGGUCCCACAAAGGGUGGCCAGCCCAUGGCAGUGACACACAGUGGGGGCUCCUACCUGCCCAGCCAUCCCUCUCAGCUUGCCUUGGCCACUUCUGCGCAAGGACCUCAAGAUUGGCCUGCUCCCGACCAAAACCCUUGGGGAGGCAUGGGAGGUGGUCUGCCCAGCCCUAGCACCCUCACAGACAUCUUGCUCGGCUUACACUCCACACUCUAUGGUGGCAAGCGGAGCCCUGAAGAAGUUCGAGAGAUGGUGUGGAGGUAUUACGAUCCCGAUGCUGUCUUUGAGAGCCCAUUGCUGUCGGCAGUCGGCCGUGAACAGGUGGCCAAUCAGUUCAUCAUGGCCUUUGCUCUACCUGGCCUGGAUGUCACCUCGGAGCUUCGAGACAUCAUUUGCAGUGACUUUGAAUUUGAUGGCACGCGUGCUGGAAUCAUCGAUCAGACACUAUCGGUCACAAUCUUUCCUUCCAUCUUCGGCUCGUCCUCGUCGCAUCUGGCGACUUCAACACCCGUUCAGGGCGGCGCGACGGAUGGUCACAGGUCAGACCGGCCAUCGGGUGUUCAGACGCCUGGGCACUCGCUGAACCCUCCUCAGAGUGCUAUCACACCCCAUCCAUUUGCCGACUAUAGGACGCCUGGUGCAUCAACAUUUGGUCCAGCUCAUCACCAUCAACCUCACAGCCCGCGGACACCCUUUAGCAUGAGCAGCCUCUGGGGAGGAGGAGCAUCACGACCUCACACGCCAGGCGAGGCUAGCAGUUCCUACAUGCGACCGUUCACAUCCAGCGCUCACCCUGCUCAGAGCAUCAACGGAGACGAAGAUGACAAACCCAUCCUAGCUGCCAAUACCGCCUUUGCGUCUACAGAAGAAGGCGGCGGCGGCAACGUCUCCCUGUUCAAGAUGCCCCACGGCGCCAAUGCCCCGCACUGGGCAUCGCCAGGUCUGGGUCGAAGCACAUUUGGUAGUCUUCUCUGGGGUCUCUUUCAUCCGCGAGCUGUCCUGAAGAAUCUCUGCACUAUCAACCUACGAUUGAUGAGCCGUCUUGAGUUCAACGACGAGGGCCACAUUGUCCGUCAUGAAGACUCGUGGGGCCUGCGAGAGACCAUCGAAGGGACCAUCCCCUUUGCCUCCCUCGUCUAUGCUCUUGAGCGCCGCAUCGUAGGCUACAUCGUCAGCUGGGCAGUAGCCAAGGGCUUUUCUCUUUCCUCCGCUCUUCACCCGCAUGCCAUAGAGGGAAGUCACGCCCCCGUGUCUGAUUUCGAGGUAGCACUGAUGGACAAGAAGGAUCAAAACAAGGCCGAUGAGGCAGCUCAUGCCCUCCUCGGUCGGUCCCGCCGUCAGUCGCACCAAUUCGCCAGCGGCUUUCAUCACGACUAUCCUCAGACCAUCUCGCGCUCUCGAGCCCCCUCGCCUACCCGUCUAGGUUGGUCUCAUUCCACGUCUGGGACACCCUUCGUCACUGGCACUCGUUCUCGAGCGCGUUCCUCGGCUGGCAGCCUCCACGGCGGCUCGCGCACGACGUCUUCCGAUAAUUUGCUCACUCUGGGUCAGGGCGGCACGCCGGGAACCUACUUUGCCUCGGGCUAUGAGAGGGGAGCUGACAAGGACCUCCCACCUGACAGCUCUGCUCGCUACAAGGGUUUCAGGAGACUCGACGGAGGUAGGGCGGGCAGCACUGCCUCUGCGCCGCCUUCUGAGUUGGCUGGAUCCCUGAUGGAUGCAGAGAGCCAUGGGAGGCAGAGCAAAGCUCCCGACAGGGAUUUGGUCUGAUCGACGUCCCGAGGCUCGUGGGAUAGCAUAGGCGGGGGGUGAGCUGUGCGACAGCUGCAUCACGGUCGUCCUUCUUCGUCUUCGGAAUGUCCUGCUACGUUUCUGUACCAUCUUUGCACUUGUUGCUUGCAUAAUGAUAGACAUCUAUUUCGACGUCUCUGUUCCAUUGACACCCCAAUUCUGCUGCGCUUUCCGUCU